AUGGAAUGGGAUGGGGGGUGCAACAUGCUGCAUGGCUGCACUAAUGUUGGAGCACAGAAUGGCAGUUUGACAGAGAAAGAGACACUGAAGCAAACCAGGUUAUUGUGCUGGUGUUUAAAGGGGAGCAGAGGGAGGACAGGGGCAGGGAGAUGGUUUCUGGUCCAGGCACAUUCUUCUCCAGAGCUGAAAAAUGAGAGUGCAGCCCUUCUCAUCUGUCCCAGAAGCAAUUCCUCACUUCCCAAACAAGGGUCCCUCCUCCUGCUGCUGCUCAUAUCAAGCCUGCUCCUGUGCAAUGAUGUGACCUCCCUUCCCUUGUGUGAAGAAAACUGUGGGGAGACCUAUGGACAUCUCCUUGUUCCCGUGGUCUCUAAGGUUUCUGUCAUGCACUUCUACACCAAAAAGCUCUUCAUCGAUUUUGUGAAACGCUAUUCCAAGAGCCCAGAUGGUUACUUUCAGGCAACCAUUCAUACUUGCCACACUUGUACCAUCCUUGAAUCUGAUGACACUACACGUAACUCGAUGAUUCCGAAUACAGAGGAUCUCAGAUGUUUGAUCAGCUUGAUGAACUCGUGGAAUGAACUCCUGCUGCACCUUGCUAAUGAAGCACAUCGCCUGCCAGGACAUAGUACCCACGUCAGAGAUGAAGUCAACAUUAUUGCAGGACAAAACCGAGAACUUCAAAACCUCGUAAAGAACAUAGCCACGCAGUUUGAUCCUGACUUCACAAAGAAUGUAGACUAUGCUGUCUCGACAGACUUUCCAUCGCUGCAAUCCGCUGAUGAAGAUGUUCGCCUGUUUACUACUUUUAAUCUGCUCCGCUGCCUGCUUUCUGAUACCCAUGCCAUUGCUCAGUAUCUCAAGUUGUUUUUGUGCAGUGUUCUCAAAUAUGAUAAAUGCUAA